CGUCGCGCGCGUUGCGCGUUGCUGGGGGGGGGGGGGGGGGGGGGCUGCGCCGUCCCGGUUUCCACGGGGACGGGCCGCCGCGCGCGCGGUAACCGCGGCAACGGGCGGCGGCGGUGGUGUCAUGGCGGGCUGGCGGCGGCCGCUGUGCCGCAGCGGCUCCUCCCGUUCCCGCAGGCCGGCGGCGGCGGCGGCCGGGCAGGCGACCCGGGUGUCUGAGGAGAAGCGGGACGAGGGCGACGCGGCCCUGUGGGAGCACCGGCCGGCGGCGACCGAGGCGUCCCGGGCCGAGCACCGGCCGGCUAGCCGCCGGCGGCCCGACAGCGCCGCGGAGCUGCCACGGCGGCGGCAGGAGGCGGGCAGCGAGGCGGCGGCCGCGGUGUCGUUCCUCGCGGAGCAAGGCCGGGAGGAGGCGGAGGAGAAAAGACUGGAAGAAGAUGUUGAGAAAAAGCAAAUAAUGAUGGCAGAGACCGCCCAGUGUGAGGCUGUUCUGCAGCUGAACAGCACCGGAAGAGAGGUGUUGAAGGAGAAUGUUCAUCUUCGCAAUGCAUUUGCUUACCAGCUGAAAGAGACAAUAGAAUUGAAGAAAAUCAAACAGAAGUUAGAAGAAGACAGAACUCUUCUGUUAAAGGAGAAGGAAACCAAUGAGGGUUUGAUUCGAAAAAAGAUGCUACAGAUCAAUCGCCAGAAAGCACAAAUUGGAGAUCUGCAGCAUAAAGUGAAAAAGCUGGAGAUGGCCUUAUGUCACACGCCCAGAGGAUCUGUGAGAGAGACUCAGAAAAAACAGCAUCAGGCACUGAUAGAAAACCAGGCAAGCAUGAUGGAGAUCAAGAAACUGCAGCAAUUACUAGAAAUGAAGGAUCGGGAGAUGAAUCGAGUGAAGAAACUAGCCUGGAAUAUCCUAAAUGAGAGGACUGAGGUGGAAAGGUUCUUCCUAGAUGCUCUGGAACAUGUGAAGCAGGAGAUCAUAUCCAGUAGGAAGGACUAUAAGAGAAAGGCCCAAACUGCCUAUUACAGGAAAAUGAUGGAGGCAUGUGCAGGGAAGGAAGAAUUUCCCAAAAUCAAAACUUUCAAAAGCAACAUAAAUAGCACAAAUAGUGUGUACAGAGACCUAGAGGAAGCACAGAAAUGCUACUGGGAUAAAAUACAGUUUGAAAAAGUGGAUAUCAGUGAGUUGACAUGGGAACAAAAAGAACGUGUUCUGCGAUUGCUUUUUGCCAAAAUGAAUAGCACAAACCCACAGAAACACACCAGCGUUUUGGCUACUUCAGCUCCAGGUCCUGACAACACUAAAGAAGAAAGCAAAAUUGGACAGAAAAAAAACAGACGUGGAAGCCACAGGCCCUAAUUCUCAAAGGUGCUUAAACUGUUUUAACAAAAGUUUUGGAUUUAAAGAGUAUCAAACAGCUUUGACAAUUUAGACUGCAGUACCUUCGAGGCAAGAAACAAUUUUUAAUAGGAGACAGAAGGUUGACUAUAAAACUGUAUUUGAAUAGCAUCUAAAGAAAUUCAUGAGAGACUUUAUACUGAGAUUAUAUUUUUGUAUAAUAUAAAAAGAAGAUAUAUUCUUUAGCUUAAUUUUUAAUAGUGAGUGCUGAAAUAAAAAGAAUAAACAAGUGGGUGGAAAACUAACAGCAGUGAGAUGAGGCAGGUACAUCCGCAGCUUGAUCUAAAAAGGCAUUUCAUUAAAAAAGGCAGAUACAAGAUUUAGAUUUCUAGUACAAAAUUUAAACCCAUCUGUUUAAAAAAUGCUGUUGGAAAUACAGAUAAUCAGAAAAGAUGCUUGCACACAAAUGAAGAGAUUAUACAAGUGUCUAGAAUAGGUCUGAAGAAAGUGCAGGGAUACUCCUGGAAUUCUUCAGGGAGCAAGUAAGCUUGAUAAUAAAGAUUGCUUUUGUUACAGGAGAAGGUAGGUUUUAGAAUUUCUAAAGGCAAGAUGUGUAAUGGGUUUUAAUAGGACAACAGAAAAGUCAGAAUAGCAAUACUAAUUAAGAAGAAAAUUAAGGUGUUUUGAAAGUGAAUGACUGUAGACAAUAUUAGAGGCUGUUAAUUAGUAUUCCUUUCCCAGGUGCAUGAAUGAAUGCCAGUGUCUUAAUGGUGAUUUACCUAGAACAUCUUACCUUUGCAAAGAAAAAUGCUUCUCCCAACCUAAUAUUCAUUACACAGCAGGUUGGAUUAUCAGAUUCAUCAUCUUCUGCAGUAAUCUUUCUGCAUAUUCAGAUGUUAACACCACAGAGUAAGGCAGCUGUACACUCUGCAUGAACAACAGCCUCGGUAAUUACUGACUCAUCUGCACUUUUCAUUUUGGAAGUUAUCUUGUGAGCAAAGCUGCUAAUUCUAAAUCCCAUCUGCUGCACUGCUGCGUUGACUACAUGUUUGAAAUAUAUCUGAAAUAUAGUUAUUUUCCUCCUUCUUAAAGAUUUUAUUCUUUCCCAAGCCAGGAGCUUGGAGGACCCUGUAGAAAGCACUAGGAUUCAGACUAGUUGUUAGAACUCUGUAUAUAGGUGUUGCCUUGAUUUGAUCAAGAUAUAUUUUCAGUUUGUAAUAAAGUAAGUUGCGUGAAGCUUA